UCCGUACAGGAAACUGAUAAAUCGCUUUAAGAAAGGAGAGGAGUGUGAUUUAGUACAACUAACUUUUCCUCUUGUCUGAAGGAGAGGCAGCAACAAUGGAUGAUUUCCGCAAGUGUGAAUUUUUAUAUCUCCCUUGAUUUAAUGGCCACUCAUAAACAUUUGUAAGCUUUGUAAAUCUGUAGGUGCAUAUCUGCACAUUCAGGUUACAUCUUUGCCUUUUCAGAAAGUGGACUAAAAUCUCUGUUGUAAAUUACAUUCAAGUUCAAUUAAUAGUGUGUUUUUCUUUAACACAAACACAAAAAGAUAUACAGUGAAUAUAUAUGCAUUGGUGGCAACACAAAAAACAAGACUACUCUAGUUACUUGUUUUACAGGCAUGAAAUACUUAAAUGUAGCACAAAUGGAAGUAGUGUUUAGAAACUUAAUGUUAAGCUUCCUUUUACUUGAGUUAAUUAUUCACAAACUUCCCCUAAUGACAAGAUCUUGGUUCUGCUUCAGAGAAAUGCAUACUGUACAUUAUACUGAAGUAAUUAUUCAAGCAACUUUCACAACAGCCUGUAUAAGCAUAUUUCAGUUCAUCAUUAGUAGUGAAUAAUGUGUGUGAAAAGCUUGUUCUUCAAAUGUGCUGUCUUCAGCUCUUACUUUAAGGUCUGAAUCAGAUUUUGGUUUCCUUUUCUAUGAGGCAAUAUUCAGCUACUUAACCUCAGCGCAACGACAUAAGAUGAAACUAUAUAAGGUCUUUCUUGGACUCCCUACAGUUUUUCUGUGGAUGCUACUGUACAUAUAUUAGCACAAAACAAAAAUUAAAAAAGUGUUUAAUGUUGUGCUAAGAUGGGAAGUCCUUCACGUUAGUCAGUGAACAAAAGAUCACUAAACAAAUACUGUAUGUCACCUAGUUUGGUAGGUAAGUUCAGUAACUUCCUUUUGGGACAUUUGAUCAAUUGACACUUGCUUAAGAGACUCUGAGAUAACUGACUAGGUCCAAAUAAGUAAUGGGACAUUGUAGAUCUUUGUUUUGAUGAAAUGGGGUUUUUUUUUGUUUUUUUUAUGAAAUGAUGAAAUGUGGAUGAACUAAAUUGUGUAUGGAAGUGGUCAAAUUUGUUGAAUGAUUAGAUUGAUUUCUUUUGUCCUGAAUUUUGGUUGAAAAGUGUUUUGAAGAGAAUGAAAUAAGAUCUGCUCAAAACUACCUUUGACCUUGUUAUUAUCUUUCUUAUGAGGUUAUAUCUUAGAAUUACCUUUACAUCCUUAAUUUAUUUUGUAACGUGGGUUACACAGAGAAGUUGCUGCCCCCCUGAGUUAUUAAUGACACACAGUUGUAUGUCUGGCGCCCGAUUUUGUGAACUGUAGUACCUUCAGGCCUUAAAUUAUGCUGCACACCUUUAAAAAUGGGAAGACAGAAACAAACUGAGCAACAGAUACAGAAAAAAAUUGAAAAAUUAUUAUCCUUUAUAAAAGAGAGAAAUUGCUUUGAACCUACAGUACACAUAUCUGUCACACUGAUCAGUAUGAACUAACAGUUGCAUGUUCUCAUUGUAUGUUUUGCCAGUAAAAUCUGAUGUAGCUGCUUCCCACCUGCGACUACUUCACAAAAUAGCAUCUGCUAUCUUCAACAUAAUACUGCAGGCUCAUUCUGAAACAUACAUAUUGCCCUGUGUCCAAUAACUCUAACAGUAACAUACACUACUUCCCCCAGCUCAUCAUGGCACCAUGUCCCAGAGAACAGCACACACACUAUGUGGGGAGAUUCUUAAUGGCACCAUAAUAAGAGUCAUGUGGAUCUAGUCUUUGCAACAGGAGGCUGGAAAAAACAUCUCAUCCGUCCUUUAAGAACGUCUCUGUGGGUUGGGAAGGAGCUGUGAUUGUCGACCUAUGACAAGACGAGCCUCUCGGGCAUGACAACCAUUAGUCCUGAGAGAAGGGUUCACGACAGAUCACACCACAACAGGACUCCAUUUGGGCAGAAACCUGACCAAGCAAAGCAUUUAACAUCAAACUAUGGAGCCAUUUGUUGCCAUUUAACCUUCUGCAUGGAAAAUGUAAGGCAGAUCGCAUCUUUUCAGGGGCGCAAUAAGGCGGUGCUGGGUCUCACUGUCAUGAGCGCCCCUAAAACAUCUGCGUCCGUUGUAAUGAUCAGCGUGAUUGUAUGGUUUAUUAUGCUCCAGCUCUGCCCUAGUCAACUCAGAGCACAGCUCGGAACUACCCCCAACAUUAAACACAUUGUGGUUGGAAGGUGUUACAAUUACAUCACACUAGUUAACCCCAGCUCGAGGUUUGACUGUGAGGACAUCUGGAGACAGUUUGAGGAGGCGGUUGUCCGUCAGUCCUCCUGUAAUGUGACGGUGGAGGAUUAUCAUCAGAUGUUUUAUGCGAUGCCACAAACCUGGCCUUGUGAUAGGUUUCUCUUCUGGAGUAAAACCAGGACACUGAUGCACAGCUAUGCAGCUGUUGUACGUCACUUCUGGACCCUGGAGGACACACUGGUUGGCUACAUGUUCAAUGACCUCAUCUGGUGUGGACAAGAGGAAGACUCUGGUUUUGAUUUCAGUUCUUGUCCGGAGUGGUUGGCAUGUAGAAAUCACCCGGUAUAUUCCUUGUGGAGGCAAGCCUCACAAAACUUUGCAGAAAUGGCAUGUGGGAACAUCACUGUAUUACUGAAUGGGUCUAUUGUCAACGCCUUUAAUAGGAAAAGCAUGUUUGGAAGUGUUGAACUGGACGGUCUGAACCCACGCAGGGUGGCUUAUGUCAACAUUAAGGUGGUGACCAAUCUAGCUGGACCCUUUAUAGAAUCAUGUAGUGAAGGAUCCAUUGUAGACCUCAUCCAGAUCCUCCAGUCCAGAGGUUUCCGCUGGACUUGCACAGACAACGAGCAGACCCUGAUGAUCCUUCAGUGCAUCCAGAACCCCAAACAGUCCUCCUGCCAAACAUGUGCAAACAGCCUGUCACACAGAAAGAGCCUCACAUUUAACUGACUCACCCACAGGUUUAGCAUGUAUUCUGAUAUUGUUAUGUUGUAGUCUUAUGCUCAGUGAAGGUGCAUUAAAUUAAAUUGGCUGCUCAAAAAGUGUUUUCUCUAUACCCUGCACUUUUCAUUGAUCCCAUUUCAUUAGCAGAUUAGGUCAGAACGCCUCUUGGAGCCCUUUGGAGUAAAUAUAUCUGCUUCCUGAAGCCAAAAGCUCCAGCUAUACUAUCAACGUGAUUAUGCUAACAUUGAACUGACAUUUUUGGCUUACAUGAUAAUGACCUCAUGGUGGGUCAGUGUUACCUAAUUUUGAAGCACUAUCUAUGUCAAAAUCUAGUUUUAAGACCAUCUUUUUUUCAGUUUUGUGCUUUUGAUGCAUUUUCCUAAAUCAGUGUGUUUAAUGGAAUGACCAAAGGUCACAAGGGAAACUCGGCAGGCCCUGAACGUGUUAUAUAAUCUAAAAGAUUUAAAAGUUGCAAUAGACUGAAAUAUUAUGUGAUAUUUUCAAUAGUUUGACAUAAAUAUGAUUCUGUUUUUGUUAUUAUUAACAUUUUGGUUCCAUGGCAAGUAUUUUGUUUAGUGUGCUCAGUUUUCAUAAACCCUCAGGCUCUAAGAAUCCCAUAUGCAGUGUGCAACUUGAGCUAUUUGCUUUUUUUUUUUUUUGGUUUCACAAUAGGUCGAUCCUGCUAGUGUCAAAGCCUCAGAUCUUUUACUUAAGUAGAAGUAGCAAUACCACAGGGUAUAACUACUGUUACAAGUAAGAGUCAUGCAUUCAAAAUCUUACUUUAGUAAAAGUACAAAAGUAUGUAAAGUAAAAGUAGUCAUUAUGCAGAAUGGCCCAUUUCAGAUUCAUAUAUAUUAUAUUACUGUAUUAAAAUUAGUGAUGCAUUAAUGUGUACAUCACUUUAAUGAUGCAGCUGGUAAAGGUGGUGCUAAUUUUAAUUAUUUUACAUACUGCUGGGUAGCUUGUGAAUUCCCCCCCGGGGUUCAAUAAAGUCUCAUCUAUAAUGAUACAAUAUA